AUGGCAACAGUGGAAUGGGAAUUUUGCCGUGAUAUCCGUCCGACAGGAGAUGGAGUGAGCCUCCAGAACCAGCAGUGGGUUGACGUCACCGACCCUGAGAUGGUGACCGACAUGGGAGGCGACUCUUUCGAGUUCGAGGGCCAGGUGUGGUACUUGCAUACCAGGGACCCCUACCACAUGAUGGUCUACCAGAGCAUCACGGUGGCCGAGAAUCAACUUCUGGUGCGGCCGAAAUGCCGGCAUUGGAUCGUGUUGGACAUGUAUGCCUCGAAGAUGCCGACAUCAACACGGGUUAGGUUUCAGGCAAGAUACAAGAUGACCAACAACAUCGCAACAGACUUCGAGAUCUGUGGUCUGGAGGGCAUAUCGUUCUAUGACGUUCAAUGGUAUGUCCUUGAGACCCUGAAGCCGCCCGAGGGCACAGGCAUCAAGAUCCUCUCCACAGCACACGAGAUCAGAAUCAUGACUCUUUUUGAUUGUAUGGUGUACGUAGAAGGCGCGGCCGCGGCAGGCUACAAGCCCAAGUACCGCCUGCACAAGAAGACGAAGCCGGGUGAGUCGCGCUUGAGCGAGUUUUUCCUUCCCGUCAUGGGCUAG